AUGAAAUCUAUCUACGCUUCUCUACAAUAUAUUAUUUACCUCAAUAAAUUUUUAUAUUUUAAAUUUUAAAGCUUUCUUUUCUUUAUCCUCAUACAUAAAUUAUUAAUAUAAUAAUAAAUAUUAUUAUGGUUAUGCUUUAUUUUUUUAUGCAAAAAUUAGAACAAUAUGUAAUUAUCGAAUGAAACGGUAAAUUAAUUCACACACAAUGCCGUAUAAGCACCCUUUUCUUUGUUUGUCCGUUUUAAGAGAUUUGAAAUAAAAAAUAUUUCAGAUAAGAUAUUCGUACUUAUUGCUAAUUCUUAUGACUUGGCAGAAUAGUCUUUGACCUUAGCCGAUCUCCUUUGGUGCGAUUAAAAAAAUAAUUCUGGCGCGAAUGUAAACUUUCGGAGGGCCUUCUACUGUCUACAUAAUAUUCAUUAUUUGUUACGGUCAAAUAACAACACACAGUUAUAAUAAUAAGAAAAAUAUAAUGUUUUCCCCGCAAGAACAACAAAUUGAAAUAUGUUUGCUGAAAUCAAAUUUGGAGGAUAUCGAAAACAAUUUAGUUUUACAACGUUCCGCACUGCCCGCAUUAGAUGCCGAAAAUGAGCAAAAGUAUCGCGAGACCAUGACUGCUUUACGUAUUACACGCUCACUAAACACAGAAAUAGAAAGACUCAAAAUGGAAAAUGUGAGACUCACUGCCAAGAGGAUGCAGCUUAAGCGUCAAAGUGAAGACGUAUCCAAAUCACUUGAAAAUGCGAGAGAAAAUCGCUCUGAGCUAACUAAUUUAUUGACAGAAGAGGAGCGUGAAAUAGAAUCUCAAAUCCGUCAAUAUGAGGACUCUUUACAAGAAAAGGCGGAUCGUUUUAGGAAAACUCGCGGUUUUUAUAAUGAAGAAGAAGUAACGAAAGAAACAGAAAAGAUCUUUGCAAAAAUAACAGAACUAGAAGAAGAGUUGACCAGACGAAAGGACGUAGUUGAUGAACUGAAACUUGAACUCAAUGCAGUGCAACCGGAAGUUCCAGAGAACCUUCUUGACAUAUUGUAA